UAAAACAUUUUUUUUCCUUAACAUUACAAAAUAAUACGAGACCCACAUCAUAAAUAUCCACAUUCACAUGCCAAAAACUUAGCUUCAUAUUUCCAACAAAUUCAUGACACUUUGUAUGGAUUCUAACUCCGCCACAGAAAAGAUGAAAGAGGGGAUAGUUGUGCAAGAUGGUAAUUAUGUUUUCAAAGAAGAGAUUCAUUACACCGUGCUUAAAACCUCUCUCUUCUUCUCCGGUGAUGGUUUCACCGUCUAUGAUUGCCAUGGUCAAGUCGUCUUCCGAGUUGAUUCAUAUGGACCCGAUUCUCGUGGCGUAGAUGAACUCAUUCUCAUGAAUCCCCAAGGCUGUUGCCUCCUCACUGUUCGCCGGAAGAGGCCGAGUAUGCAUCAACGGUGGGAAGGGUUUAAAGGUGAAAGAAUAGACGGUGAUAAACCAACCUUCAGCGUAAAGAGAUCAAUGAUGAUCGGACGACAACGUGCAGGAGUGACAGUGGAAGUAUACGAUAACCAACAUGAGGAGUACCAUAUCGAAGGGUGCUUCUCUCAGCGUUGUUGCACGGUAUUUAACGCAAAGAAGGAAACAAUGGCUGAAAUUUAUCGCAAAGUGGACCCCACCACUGGUAAUUUGCUUGGGAAGGAAGUGUUCUCUCUUUGUGUUAAGCCUGGUUUUGACGCUGCUUUUGCAAUGGGAUUCGUGCUUGUACUUGAUCAUAUCAGCGGUGAUGAUUCCAUUAAUGAUGAUGCAACUUCAGAGCCUACGGUACACCCUACUGUAGAAGAUUACGAAGAUAAAUAAAUAAACCAAAGUGCAAUGCAUUGUGGUUUUGUUUAAUUUAACCAACUAAUCUUUGGCGUGUCUGUCACAAAGGGAUCGGUCUCUUUCCCUUAGUUUUAUGGGUCAUGCCAUUGAGAAAAUCGUUUUCAAUUUCCUAUGUAAAUUUUAUUUUAUUCACAAAAUUAUCAUAUCAAAAGUGGAGGCUGUCUAAACUUAAUUUACAAAUAAAAUAAAAUUUGUGGUUGUCUA